GAGAUGCCCAUGCCGGCCUUCAUGAAGCAGACUCUGGAGGAGCUCGGGGUCGGGACGUACACCAACAUCGCCUACAUCCACCCAGACACGCCUCUGAUCACCGCCCUGUCGGUGUUCACGCACCGCAGGGUGUCUGCACUGCCUGUAGUGGAUCACCAUGGUAAAGUGGUGGACAUCUACUCCAAGUUCGACGUCAUUAACCUGGCGGCUGAGAAGACCUACAACAACCUGGACGUGACGGUGACGCAGGCGCUCCGCCACAGAUCCCAGUACUUUGAAGGAGUCAUGAAGUGCAACAGGCUGGAAACUCUGGAGACCAUCGUGGACCGGAUCGUGAAGGCCGAGUGUUGA